GUUACAGGUACAUGCGACAGCACUGCAGCUAUGAGUGGAAUUUUAAAGAGGAAGUUUGAAGAAGUUGACGGCUCCUCACCCUGCUCCUCUGUGCGGGAAUCGGAUGAUGAAGUUUCCAGCAGCGAAAGUGCUGACAGCGGGGACAGUGUCAAUCCAUCCACUUCUAAUCAUUUUACCCCUUCCUCCAUUCUCAAAAGGGAGAAGCGGCUGAGGACAAAGAAUGUGCAUUUUAGUUGCGUCACGGUGUACUACUUCACCAGGAGGCAAGGCUUCACGAGCGUGCCCAGUCAGGGUGGCAGCACCCUGGGGAUGUCCAGCCGCCACAACAGCGUGCGCCAGUACACGCUUGGCGAAUUUGCACGCGAGCAGGAGCGGCUGCACCGGGAGAUGCUGAGAGAACACCUCAGGGAGGAGAAAUUGAACUCUUUGAAACUAAAGAUGACUAAGAAUGGCACUGUAGAAUCUGAAGAAGCUAGCACUCUUACAGUGGAUGACAUUUCUGAUGAUGAUAUUGAUUUAGACAACACAGAAGUAGACGAGUACUUCUUCCUACAACCCCUGCCAACAAAAAAACGAAGAGCACUACUGCGAGCCUCUGGAGUGAAAAAGAUUGAUGUGGAAGAAAAGCACGAGCUGCGAGCCAUCCGCCUGUCGCGAGAGGACUGCGGCUGUGACUGCCGGGUAUUCUGUGAUCCAGAAACGUGUACCUGCAGCCUGGCAGGCAUUAAGUGCCAGGUGGAUCGUAUGUCUUUCCCGUGUGGCUGCACUAAAGAAGGAUGUAGUAACACAGCAGGUAGAAUUGAAUUUAAUCCUAUCCGUGUCCGGACUCACUUUUUGCACACAAUAAUGAAACUUGAACUGGAGAAAAACCGAGAACAGCAAAUCCCCACGCUGAACGGCUGCCACGGUGAGAUAAGUGCUCACAGUAGUUCCAUGGGCCCAGUCGCCCACUCUGUAGAAUAUUCUAUUGCAGACAAUUUUGAGAUUGAAACUGAGCCCCAGGCUGCAGUACUGCACCUGCAGUCUGCUGAGGAAUUAGAUUGCCAAGGAGAGGAGGAAGAAGAGGAGGAGGACGGGAGCAGCUUUUGCAGUGGAGUCACCGAUUCUAGCACGCAAAGUCUGGCACCUAGUGAGUCAGAUGAGGAGGAAGAGGAGGAAGAAGAGGAGGAGGAAGAAGAGGAAGAGGAUGAUGAUGACAAGGGAGACAGCUUUGUGGAAGGUCUGGGCACCCAUGCAGAGGUUGUCCCUCUUCCUUCAGUUCUUUGUUAUUCUGAUGGCACUGCUGUUCAUGAAAGCCACGCAAAAAACGCUUCUUUUUAUGCCAAUUCUUCGACUCUGUAUUACCAAAUAGAUAGCCACAUUCCAGGAACUCCUAACCAGAUCUCUGAGAACUACUCUGAAAGAGAUACUGUCAAAAAUGGUACCCUCUCGCUGGUGCCUUACACAAUGACCCCAGAGCAAUUCGUUGACUAUGCCCGUCAAGCAGAAGAGGCCUACGGGGCCUCCCACUUCCCAGCUGCCAACCCGUCUGUGAUUGUUUGCUGCUCCUCUUCUGAAAAUGAUAGCGGUGUGCCCUGUAAUAGCUUAUAUCCCGAACACAGGUCCAAUCAUCCUCAAGUGGAAUUUCACUCAUACUUGAAAGGCCCCUCCCAGGAAGGGUUUGUCUCCACGUUGAAUGGUGACAGUCACAUUUCAGAGCACCCUGCUGAAAAUUCUUUGAGCCUUGCCGAAAAGAGCAGAUUGCACGAAGAAUGCAUCAAGUCACCCGUGGUUGAGACUGUCCCUGUGUAG